AUGUUGUUCCCGGCCAUCAAAGUUGACGAAUCUUCUCUCGUUUCCGGACAUGGUAGUGCGAUCGUCAGCGCCCAUGCUCGACGUGUGUUCGCAGGGGAUCUGAGCAUCUUUGCAAAACCUUCAAUACUAGCCAACUCGAUCCUCAAAGUAAGUGCUUUUGAUCAAUCACACUCCGCAACUGCCCAAGCUUGCCUGACAUUCUUGCUGACCUUGAAUCUUCUCUGUGCUUUCCGGACCCACCUCGGCGCGUCAUCCUGCGCUUUCCUCGUGACUCCUACAGCGCUGCAAAAGAAGCAAGCGAGGAGAUCACUCGCCGAGAUCAAUGCUAUCCUGGAGGCGUCACCAUCAGAGCACGCCGAAGAUUCGGAUCCUCAGCAACCCCCAGAAGAUGUGCAACAGACACCGGAGCACCCAAUGAUGGCGUUCAUCAACCUCAUGCUCAAAGAUCUCAACGUUGAAAGCGAUCCGCAAGCCAGCAGCCGCGCGUCGUUCGAUUCCGCCUCAAGCAGCGCACGCUCAUUCGCGCCAUCUCGAUACGCCGUCGCUCGUUACUUAGAAACUGCAUGCCUCACAAAGAUCCGCGACUUUUGCGCAAUCCUCCCGGAUUGGUCUCACUUACAGAGCCUUCUGCGACACUACCUCUGGCACGUCGAUUGGAAGUUCCUCAUCACGGCCCAGGAUCUUCUCGAAGAUCGCAUGAAAGAUCUUUGGGUCAGGAUCAUUUUCCCUUCGCAAAGCAGUGAUCAUGCCGUCGAGUCGCCUUCUUACUCUUCAGCCAGCCUCUCCCUCCAGCCCGGUGAUCUGUCACGCCUCGCACUGCUGGCUUGCGUACUCGGCGAAACAGUCGAGUCCAUGUCGCCGGACGCCAUUGCAGAGGUCCUUCCCGUCUCUCGGAGCGAUGUCGUGGCACCUGGACCUGUCAAAGUUGCAGCCGACGCGAAUCCGAGAGUCAAAGCGCUCAACCUGCUCACGUACCACGUGGCGGCACUCAUCGAAGAAUGCGUUCGGCUCGACGAAAUGACCCUCGAUCUCGUACAAGCCAACAUCUCCGCCUUUUCCCUUUGGUCCAAUCAAGGAUUGCACGGAACGGGGUCCACAGAGUUCCCGCGCUGGACCGUCACUAUCCGAGCUGCAAAAGCUUGCAAUCUCUUUGAAGAUCCUGGCAACAACAGCAGCCUGUCGCAAACGGAACUCGAUCAUCGCAGAAGGCUUGCUUGGCUCGUGUACGGCUACGAUCACGCUUUCGCCGUCGGAGCCAAUACCAGCCCGCUGAUCGUCGAAUCACAGUUCAGUGUCGAUCAGCCUAGCGAUGCGGCUCCAUGGGCCGCAUGUGGUGCGCCACCCGACGAAUGCCUGGCAAGACUCGAGGUAAUGGGUGGCAAGAUGGCUCAGCUCGUUUCAAGCACCUUGUGUUACGGUCCACCUCUGCAUAGAAAGGCGAUGGAGACGGAUCAAAAGAUCUCCGACAUGCUGUCCGAACUCGACCCCUCCUACAAAGCAGACAAACCGGAUCUGUCGUUCGACAGCAAAGACCCUUUCCGUGCCCGACGUCGAUGCUGGCUUCAACUCACCACUUCUUGGCAACGAGGUUCUCUGCAUCGGCAAUUCUUCUCGCCCAAUGGUCGCAUCACCAACGGCGAACUCGCUACUUCACGGCACAUUGCCACCGACAGCGCCCUUCGGUCGAUCUUUGGAGCUCGCCAGCUGCGAGCCCUCCAGAAUCGGUUUUCGGAUCGCAUAGGCUCGGCUUGGUGGUACCAGUACUUUACCGAGCCGUGUAUGACGCUCGCCACGGCGGCGCUUUUGCUCAUUCGAAGCCAAGGUCGAGGUGUUCCCGGGUUGGCAGACGAGGCCAACUGCUGGAUGACGCUGAUGCACUUUACACGCACCAUCGACGAAUGUGUCGAGGAUCUCGAGGCGUGCAUACGAGACACGGAAGCGUGCCUUUCCUCGCUCGUGCACUUUGCCGAGGGCUGUAUCAAGCUGAUCCGGCAGCUGAGAGGUGCAGUACAGAAGAGUUUCGACGCUUUUGUGCAAUCGAGGCCAGAGCUGGGAGGGCUCAAGACAUUGGAGAUCGAUGAGAGCAUCAUGGCGUUGUUGCAUCCCAGGUCACACACAAGGAGUCCCGGAUCGCAGAAGCGAGGAGACAGUGGCGACAGUUCCGGCGGCGGCGGCGGCGGCGCCAGUAGCAGCGGCAGCGGCAGUGGGAUCAGCAUCAAGAGCAACCAAAAGCAUAGUGCAAAGCCUGCUGUCGAGUCGACUUCGAGGCGUGGCUCAGCAGCAGCUCGUGGCAAGCAGGCGCCCACACUUCGAACACCCGUGGCGACGCUGGCAGCGCCACGCGAUUCUGCAGAAUCCCUGCAAUCACACAUGCCGGGGGGAAAUACGAAUCCGGUUCUGGCUGCCGAUAUGCAAGCUCCGCCGGGGACCUUGAGCCUGUCGUUUCCACCCUCGACCAUGAGCUUCCCCGAUGUAGGUUCAGUUGGAACUUCAGCGCCUGCACCAACACCUCUGACAGCUGCCAUCUCGCAGCACAUCGCUGGUGGGCCAGUGGUAGCACCUCACUUUGGCGUACCUGCCUACGUUCCUCCCGGCACACUGCUGUCGCCUGCCGAGCCGUUCGCCCUUCGCGAUUUCUAUUCGUACGACACCGAUGCUGGGAUGGUGGGGCAGAGGAGCGCGUCGACGCGUACUGGUGCGCCUGGCGGUGGCGGUGGGUUGUCGGAUUGGAUCGCUGGAGUUCACAUGGAUGUCGGCUGA